AUUUAGAUUAGAUAUGCGAAGUUGGGCACGUCACGUGGGUGUGGGUGUGGAUGCGAACACGUCACAAGCAGUGGAAAUUAUCACAAAUAAAUGAGAAUGGUGGACUAGAAUUGGAAAUUUCGCUGAUUUGCAGAUGAGUACCGCUACGGUAUCUGUUGUGGGUCCGGCGAAUUGGGGUCAGAGGAGGGGAAGGGCAAAGUUAAGUACGCCGCGAGCGGCUCUGGUGGAGGCGAAGCCCCGAUCGCUGCCAGCUCUCAGAGGAGGCGAUGAAGAGAAGGGCGUUGUAACUCUUGCCCGACUCAGAGAUUCCUCCGGCGCCGGCCCCGGCCCCUCUUCUAGAGACCGAGCCGAUGAUAUGCAAGCAGAAGCGGCGGCAAUGGCUCGAGCCGCUAAUGCUUCUGUGUACAGCGCGGAGCUCCUGUCCGGCAAAUACGGGUCGCGGCCAAUCAGGGUGGCGCAGAGGGCGCUGGAGAUAUUUGCAGGGCUGGGUUCCUUUGCCUUGAAUUUGUGGCUGGACCAACUCAGAGGGCAGCUUGAUCGGAACCAGAGGCAGCGAGCAGUCCAUCUUAGGAACACUUUCACUAGAUUGGGCCCUACUUUUGUCAAAAUUGGCCAAGGUCUAUCCACCAGGCCUGAUUUGUGCCCGCCCCUUUACAUCGAGGAGCUUUCUCAGUUGCAGGAUGCUUUGCCAACAUUUCCAGAUGCAGAAGCUUUUUCUUGUAUUGAGAGAGAGUUGGGAUGUUCGCUUGAUUCCGUUUACUCAUCAAUCUCUGCAUCUCCUAUUGCUGCUGCCAGUUUGGGCCAGGUUUACAAAGCGCAGUUGAAGUGCUCAGGCCAGGUUGUUGCUGUCAAGGUGCAAAGACCUGGCAUUGAAGAGGCUAUCGGCCUCGACUUUUACCUAAUCAGAGGCUUAGGUUCCCUCAUAAACACAUAUGUGGACUUUAUUACAAGCGAUGUUGUUGCUCUCAUUGAUGAAUUUGCUCGAAGAGUUUAUCAGGAGCUAAAUUAUGUACAGGAGGGGCAAAACGCUAGGAGAUUUAAAAAGUUGUAUGCAGACAAAGCAGAUGUCCUUGUUCCAGAUAUUUUCUGGGACUACACAAGUGGAAAGGUGCUGACUAUGGAGUGGGUUGAAGGAGUAAAAUUGAAUGAGCAAGAAGCCAUUGAGAGACAAGGGCUCAAAGUUUUGGAUCUAGUGAACACUGGCAUACAAUGCAGUCUUAGGCAGCUACUUGAGUACGGCUACUUUCAUGCAGAUCCUCACCCAGGGAAUCUCUUGGCAACACCUGAUGGAAAGCUUGCUUUUCUUGACUUUGGAAUGAUGAGUGAGACUCCUGAACAAGCAAGAUCCGCCAUAAUUGGUCAUGUCGUCCACAUGGUUAAUCGAGACUAUGAAGCCAUGGCUCGUGAUUACUAUGCUCUGGACUUUUUGUCACCAGAUGUAGAUGUAACUCCUAUUGUGCCAGCUUUGAGGAGCUUCUUUGAUGAUGCACUCAAUUCAACUGUGAGCGAGCUCAACUUUAAAACAAUUGUCGAUGGUUUGGGUGCUGUUCUCUACCAAUACCCAUUUAACGUGCCUGCGUAUUAUGCUUUGAUUUUAAGGUCUCUGACUGUUCUAGAAGGUUUAGCUCUGUAUGCUGACCCCAAUUUUAAGGUGCUGGCUGCAUCAUAUCCAUAUUUUGCUAAAAGACUUCUUACUGAUCCCAAUCCAUAUCUCAGAGAUGCUCUUAUUGAGCUGCUUUUCAAGGAUGGGAGAUUCAGGUGGAACAGACUUGAAAACUUGCUUGUUCAGGGAAGAAAAGACAGAGAUUUCAAUGCCAAAGAUGCUUUACAACCUGUCCUUAAAUUACUAUUGGGUCCAGAUGGUGAAGUACUUAGGGUUUUAGUAAUUAAAGAAGCAAUUCAAGUAACUGAAGCUGUUAUUGUGGGCUCGGUGAUUGAAUCAUACAAAUUAGUUCCUGAUCUCAUAAGGACUCUUAUUUUUAAUGUCAAUGGGACUACUAGUCCAUUUGUAAUGAACAGUACUGAACAGGAAAGUAUGAUGGAGCUUAGGGCUCAAGUAUUCAGAAUAUGGGAACUCUUACGAUCGUCAGAUAACUUUGAUCCGAGUAUUUUCCAGCCUAUAGUGCAGGUACUGCAAGAACCGGAAGCACGACAACUUGGCGGGCGUGUGGUUGGUGGAAUUACUCAACGUCUGGCUGCUCGCUUACUGCAGCAAGUUCUCCGGGAUCCACCAGCGGCUACUUCUCCAACAUUGUAACUGUUCUUUCCAUCUACUAUCUUAUAAGUGGUUCUUAAUCUUACUCCCAGAUUGGUCAGAGCUAUCUUUCCUGGGCGCAUCUGAAAUUUAUUAUCUUAAUUGAGAAGUGAAGAAAAUAUUAUGGCCUCUUAAUUUGUUUAUGGAUGGCUCCACCCCCCAUCCACAUGAAUACAUAAUUAAUCUUUGGCUUCUAUAUCUUUGUUCUUUUGUAAACCUGAAGUGAUGAUAUAUGAUACCAUUCCUCAAUAUGUAAAUUUUCAGGCUCAGUAGAUUUAUCUUGUAUAUCUUUGUACUAUAUAAAGGGAAAAAAUGUGAAAUGAUUUUACUUGGCA